UCAAGAUUAAACGUCAAACUCAGCGUCCGUUUGAUAAAAUGUCAAUUUUGUAUUUUCAAAAGUUUUGAAAAGUAUUUUAAAUUAUAUUAUAAUAUUGUGGUCAGUGAUUACGAUUUUAAAGUUUUAAUCGGGAAACAGUGACACAAUGGAAAAUUCUGAGAGUGAGAUUGAGGCCCAAAAGUCUUUUAACUCACCACCAAGAAGAAGACGUUCAACGUUUUUCGAAAAACGCGAUUCUAUUGUGCCACAACCAGCAAUAGAAAAUAUUGACCCAAAUCUGUGUAAUAAGGUAAAUGAAGUGGAUGAGAAACGCAAUCAAGAACUUAAGAGGUAUCAUGACUUACUUUUAGCAGAAAAGAAUCAAUGGAAGGAAGAAGUAAAAAGCAGAAGAAAUAAAUACCAUGACUUGAGACAGCAGUUCCAAAUUGCAUCAAACUCAUCAAGCAGAUCAAGGAUAUCAUACUCUGUGUUGUCAAAUGAGGACAUUGAAUUUUUAAAAGGAAAGAUAAAUGUAUCACAACUUGUUGAGCGUCAAGCAGACUUGCACAAAAGCGUGAUGCAAACUCGGGAACUAUACAGACGGGCAACGGAACUAGACAAUGUCAUUUUAGACCACUGUGAGAAGAAACUCCGCAAAAUCACUGAUUACAUAUUGGAGAAUAGUACAGUUGAGUUCAAAGAAUGAUAGACUAUGAUUAUAUAACUGCUUGGCUGAAACAACUGUAUAAUCUAUUCAAAGUAAGAAUAGGAAAGUCAACUACCUUUAUCUAAACCGUUAUUUGGAAAUU